GAUAUUUUGUCACUAUAGUUACUGUCAGCAGAUACAGAUCAGAUUUUUGUGGUAUGCUGCUCUCAGUGAGACUUCAGUUGUGUUGUCAGGACAACUCUUGCAGAUGAGACCAAAUAAACCAGUUACAUUUUCCUACUCUACAUUUAUUUGGCAGCGUUAAAUCCAAAGGAAAAUAUUUUUUUCUUCAUCUAUAAGUCGCUGCUUCCUCAAAUUCAAAGAUGGGUGACACCACUAAACUUGAGACCUUCACUCACCCGCUCACACACAACAACAGCAACUCCACCUGCACCACUCUGUACAGCCACCGAAACUACACCCGCGUCCUCAUGCCGAUUUUUUACAGCACCGUCUUCAUAGUGGGUCUGUUUGGAAACUGCCUGGCCCUCCACGUCAUCCGUCCUAAUUUGAAGAAAAUGAACUCCACCACCUUGUAUUCCCUCAACCUGGUCAUCUCCGACAUCCUCUUUGCUCUGUCUCUGCCUCUGAGGAUCUUCUACUACGCUCUGGGCUUCCACUGGCCUCUGUCUGAGGCUCUGUGCAAAAUUUCAGGCUUUUUCUUCUACAUCAACACAUACGCCGGAGUCAACUUCAUGACCUGCCUCAGCAUUGACCGCUUCAUCGCUGUGGUUCUGCCCCUGAGGUUCGGCCGCUUCAGGAGGGUCAGUAAUGUGCGCUACAUCUGUGUCGGAGUCUGGCUCUUGGUCCUGAUGCAGACCCUCCCUCUUCUUGGAAUGCCUUUGACCAACGUGGAGGAUGAUGGCUACAUCACCUGUAUGGAGUACCCCAACUUUGAGAAGGUGGACCACAUCGCCACCAUACUGAUCGGUGCAGUCUUUGUGGGUUACGGCAUCCCAGUGAUCACCAUCCUGGUGUGUUACUCCAUCCUGUGUUUUAAACUCUACUCCAUGGCCAAGACAAACCACCUGACGGAGAAGUCAGGCCGCAGCCAGAAGGUCAUAGGUGUGAUCAGCUGCGUCUCUCUGGUCUUUGUGAUCUGCUUCAGUCCCUACCAUAUCGACAUCCUGCAGUACAUGGUACAGAAGCUGGUGUCCAGUCCUGACUGUGCAGAUCUGACCGCCUUCCAGGUGUCGCUGCACAUCACAGUCUGUCUGAUGAACCUCAACACCUGCCUGGAUCCAUUCAUCUACUUCUUUGCCUGCAAGGGCUACAAGAAGAAGCUGAAGAAGCUGCUGAGGCUGCAGGCCAGCAUGUCCUUCUCCAGCGUGGUCAGGACGUCACCCGAAGGCUCCUCUAAGGACAUUCUUGACGCCAACAGGAUCCAACUCAAUGGUUGUGUGUCAUACGCAAAAGGUGGGGGGCUAGCAGAUAGGAGAGAGGAGACGGACGAGGAGCUGUGACCUGCACACAUCUCAACAGACUUGGAGGACAAGGUUUGAUUGCAUUAAGGAAUGGACUGUGAACCAAUUUUGUAUUUAAUGGGGAAAUACAAAACGUUUUUGCUGCUUUCGAUGUUUGCAAAGGAACGCAGGAAAGAUUACAGGUAAUAAGAUGGUUGAAAUAUUGUUGAAGUAUUUUAACUAUGCCACGAGAGUUGUAUAGAAAUGUGUCUGUUUGUAAAGAUUCUGUUAUUUUUUUAUAUCUACUGUUGCAUGUGAUCAAACAUCUGUUUGAUCGAUGGCAGUAUAACAGGUCACAGCCAAAUGAACAGUCAGGAUUAGCUGAUACUUGAAAAACGCUGACACGUCAUCUUCCUAUUCGGUUGUGGCCUCAAACACAUCUGCCAUUAAAUUAUUUGGUUUAUUUGGUCAAUUCUGCUCAGAAUCAACUAUGGAAUUUGCAGUAAAAUGUGAAAAGGUGGCCCUCAUUUACUUCCCUAUUUGUAGAAACCGUGAAAGACAACAAGUUCAGUUGCAGUGAACUCUUAAGUAACAUACCGUUUACUGUAAUAGGAAAAGUCCUGUUACAAAACAUUUUGUUCUGAGACAUGGUUUGGAAAUCAAAAUAUUUUCCACAUACAACUUUAAUUACCUCCUCCCAUUUUAUCUAUUAGUUCUCUAUAAAAAUAUAUAUUUUUAUAUUCGGGUCAGAAUUUAAUAUUUUUGCCAAUAUUUGGCAUAAAAUAAGCCUAUUGACAGCACCGAGGUAGAAGAAACUGAACAAUAUUUUGCAUUAAAAAUUUAAAAAAUAGUUUUUAAUCCAUAAUUAUGCACUGUAGCUCUAUUUUAUUUUUUUUAUAACCGUAUCUCACGGGGAACGAAAAACGUAGUCAUUUUAAAAUUGUUUUUGUUUUUUGUAGUUUUAUUUUAUAUCCUCUAGGGGGCGGUGUAAAGCAGUCGAUGAUGGAGGAAACGUCUUUUGACAGAUGUUCGUUAUGCAAAACAAUGCUCAAAAAUGAUCAGUUCCUCGUUUUGCUAAAGUGCACCCUUUGCCUAUUUGAAGGAAAUAAAUAAAUAAAAAUAAUUAAAUUAAAAAAAAAAAAAUUUUGUGGGGCACACACACACACAGACAAUACCUUAUGUUGUUUGGACGUAUCCGGCUACGAAUGCUCGGUCUCAGGUUGUUUAGCGGAUUCAUCGCAGGGUGGGGAAUUUGAGGCAACACAUGUCAAGCAUCAAGGAGAGGAAAACAUCACACAGACUGUUGUCAUAACAACAUAUUGCAAUGAACACAAAGUACCAUCUGCCAGGAGGUUUUUUAAAGACACGUCGAGAGGACGAGCGGACAGAUAGAGAGAUAUAGAUUCUCAUAUAUGCUGCUGCUGUAGGCGCAGGAAACGGGCGUGGAGCGAGUGGAAAUACACACAUAUUUAAAACCAUAUUUAUACCUUCACUGAGGUAUUUCUAAAAGGGCUACAGAGGUUUUUACAUAAUUUAUAUGACCCAUUUCCUGCAUUAUAAAUUAUUAUGAUGCUUUUAUUAAUUAUUAUAAAUAUUAUUAAUACACUUUAAAGGUUUAGAUUUAUUAGUUUAUCAGACUUAAUUGACAACUGCAACAAUAGUAAUAAUGGCAGCUUUAGCCGAUGGCUAAUGUCCAUCUGUGGUCCUCCGUUUUCUUUUUAUGCUAUGUGUAAGUGACCCAGACCAACAAUAUGUAAAAUAUAAUUCUGCUGAACAUUGAUUUCAUACCAUAGUAGAAAAAUAAAAAGAAAUGUAUUGUAUAGUUUUGUACAGCUGCUACUGGUAGUCAAUAAAAUAUGGUUUAUUAUGUUGCAAUAAAGACAUAAAACCAGUU